CUGAGGCCCAAGAGGAAAGAGAGAGCAUUGCACUCAAAACCAAACCACCACUCACUCAUUCCUGGUUCUCGCAUCGCCUCUCCUCUUCCCAUCUCUCCCCCUUUCCUUAACUCAAAAUCAAAAUAGAUGGUGAAAAACCAGCACAUCUGGCCGGGCGCUCUGCAACAAUAGAUCGCAUCGAGCUGGAAUCGAGCCUGGUCAUGUCAGCGUCCGAGAGCUGCUAGAGAUUCGGUGUAUUUUCUUGCUUUGGCUUUCACAACGGCUGCCGAGGGAGGACCGAGCGUCUGUCUGGGCUCUCCAACGAGCAGAGAAGAUGGCCGCCAUUAAGAUUUUAACCAGCGCGGGGCUUUUCUUGGCGUUUUCCGCUCUGGUCUUGUUGGCCAUGGCCAUCUGCACCGAUUAUUGGUACGAGACGGAUGCUCGGCGGCACCGCGAGCGCUGUAAGAACUACGCAAACAAGCGGAACGAUCCCGGAUACAUUUACAUCUCAAAUCACAACUUGCCACUCCAGAUGCCUCCAAAGGGUUAUGAGAGGAAAGCGACGGAGGCGCGCGUGAAGCGGCACGCUCCGGCAUCGGCGACGGCCAUGGAGUCUCACUGCAGCCGCCAGUUCAACUCCACGAUCUCCGGUCUGUGGAAAAAGUGUCAUCGCGAGGGGUUUGACCUGGAGACCGAGGAUCUCAUUUACAAAGGUUUGAUUCAGAGAUGCACCCCUGUAAAGUAUCAUUACACCUCUUCAAUCCUGCCUCGAAACCUUCCCGUCAAUAUCACCAAGACCAUCCGACAAGAUGAGUGGCAUGCUCUGCAUCUGCGGAGGAUGACAGCAGGUUUUGUGGGCAUGGCUGUCUCUAUCAUUCUUUUUGGCUGGAUCAUCGGAGUUCUUGGAUGCUGUCAACAACAUGAUCUCAUGCAGUAUGUAGCUGGACUACUCUUCCUCAUGGGCGGAACCUGCUGUAUUAUCUCCCUUUGUACGUGUGUGGCGGGCAUUAACUUUGAGCUGUCCCGUUACCCACGUUACCUUUACGGCCUUCCAGAGGACAUCAGUCAUGGGUAUGGCUGGUCCAUGUUCUGUGCCUGGGGCGGACUGGGUCUCACCCUGCUUGCCGGUUUCUUAUGUACGCUGGCCCCUUCUUUAAGCAGCCCCUUGGCCCGCACCACAGUCCACAAGUCCAGGCACGAAAAUGGGACUGUGUGAGCAGAGACUACUGGAGAAACGUUGCAGCAACAUUUUCACAACAUGUAUACAGCGUCUACGUAAGGACAAAGCAUCUGGCCUAUUCAUCAUUAUGCGUUUUACUGACUGGAUCAUUUUCAUAUGACUUACGGGCUCUUGUUGAUCACCGAUGUCAACACAACUUGUGUACACCAUCCAUUUGAUUAAAAGGUUCAAAUCUGUAAAUGGUCUGGACACUGCUGAGAGUCAAGAUGGAGACACAUGCACAGACCACCGAGCAUCUUCCACCCCCUCACAUGUCUCACUCUGGUCUUUUGUGACACACACACACACACACACACACAAAAACCAAUGACAUUUUUCACUGCUCUGCUUCAUGACAGAGAAGCGAGCUGUAGGCGACUGUCUUCUCUCCAAGAGGAUUCAUAAUAAAAUGGUGCUCUCUUUUCAAUUUCACAGCUGCACAGAAAUCUUUUCAAAGACAUCAAGAGAACAAAUGAAUCCACAGGUUUUCUUAUAGCUGACUGAUGGUGUGGAGGAGUUAAAGCCCAGAAUGAAGUGGGGAGCAACAGAAAGGAGAGAGAAAAGUAUUUCUGUCAUUCAAGCUUUGAAAAGCACAUUUCCUAAGGCCUCAAAGAGUCUGUACGACGUGUAAAAAAUACUUCAUUUUGUCUAGAUUUCAGGUCUACCUUUGUAUGAAAUUACGCUUACGGAUACAAAUGGAGACUUUUCUCUCUUUGUUAUAUGAUUGUAACGAUCGGUGACCUGGCUUGGUCUGUGGUAUUGCUGUUUUGAGGAAUCUGACCAAAUUUACUACUUGAUGGCAUGUGAACCUAAUUUGUUUUCAAAAAUGUUUGUAGAGGUUAUUUCUGAACGUCAUUUCUCAUGAAGCCUUAUUGCUGUUAUAAGCACAACAUGCUUAGAAUCAGUUAAACAAGAGCUCCGCACCUUCCAACCACGACUGAAUGUUGUUGAAUAGUCAAGAUACAAUUAAAGCUCUUGAUCCACAUGCAAGUUGAGGAUUUCUAAAGGAUUUCAGUGUUAUAUGUUUAGUCACAAAAAGUGAUAUAUGGGGUCUAAAUACCGAAAGCAUAAUGUACAGAAUUUAAAUCAAGAUGAUGGAUUGCAGGAGUGGGGUGUUUAGUUUGCUGCAAUAGCUACAUGACACACAACAAGCUAUUAAUGUUUACAUCAUGUAAUGUUUGUACGACCAACUCCAACCAAACAAUAUUUUAAACAACCCCAACAGGCUUUAAUAUAGUAAUAAUAUAGUAAUGUCUUUUUUAAGAGUGAGUGUGUCUCCACACUAUCAUGAAUAAUUCAUAUUGAUUCUUCUCUCACCAAUGGAUAUUAUUUAUUGAGGACACUACUGUGAAAAGCACAGUUAUCAUAAAUCAUUUAACAAUGCCGCACAUGUCUUUGUCAAAUGUACAUGCAUAGUCUCAUAGCCCUCCACAAAAUCCAGAUCAAUUCUUGAGAGUAACAUACCAAUGUUGGUAUUCACAGUGGGGAUAGGUAAAUGCAAUAGUUAACGUAAGACGGCAAAUACUGUGGUAUUCUGAGUGCGUAUUUGGGGAAAUUGGAAUGUGUUUGUAAAUGACAACAUUUGAGGGAACCUUUAUGGUUGUGCUUUAAUGCUAUACAGCUGAUUGGCACAAACAUGUAUGUCAUAGACAUAAAAUGAACAAAGCCAAAAGAACAAAUCUCUUUAGGUAGAUAGGAGAGUGUUUUAUUGAGUGUGACCUUUCUGAUGAACUGCAGAUCAUGUAUUGACUGGAAACAAAGUGGCAAAGAAGUAAUAAAUGGCACUUAGAAAAUAUGAAAAUGUGAAUGUUUUGGAGAGGAUAUAAAAGAGCACAAGACCAAUGUGUAAAAAAAAAAAAAAAAAAAUCCUUCUCAAAUAAAAGCAGCUUCAGGUGUUUUGUCACUUCUGGGGAGAUAUGAAAGACAUUUGUACAAAUGCUGCCAUUUUCUUUGGCAGUGGAAGUAGCACCACUUUUUUUUUUUUUUUUUUUGGGUAUGAACUGUUUUACUGGUUCACCUCAUAAGGAGAAAACAGGUGUCAUUGCCUCGCAUGCCGUCAUAUUGAUUAAUUUCAGUGUAUUUAGAUUGUGUCAAUUUUUUUAAAAUGACUUUUAUUUUAUGAAAUAAAAUGUUAGUAGCAUUU